AUGCUGGUCGACUAUAUUGCCAGAAAUAAAAGUUCACUUAGGAAUGUUAACAUUAGGAAUGUUGAAAAUCUGAGGUUGAAAUUUUUGAAAGACGAAAGUUACGUCAACAGUGUAUCAUACAAUAACAAUUAUAACAUCAACGACAAUGACAUCAAACAUCACAGCCGUGACAUUAACAACGAUGUGAACGAGAAAAAUAAUCACAUCGGCAGAAGCUUGAAAUUUUGCAACUACAACAAAAACGACGAAAUUAACAGUAACAACAGCAACAACAAUGCCUACGACACUGCUAACAACAGCAACAACAUCAAGAAAAAAUCUACAUUGCUGUCGGCAAAUUUUCCAAAUACAUCAACAACUCUUCCACAAAUCACAUCAACUACAUCAUUGCCAGUAACAACAUCGGUAACAACAUCAACAACAAACACAACAACAGCAAACUACUUCGCAAGAAAACGCGCCUAUGAAAAUUUGAUGUUGCUGAAUCGUCGCAACACACGAUCAACAUCCAACAAAAUUCUCAACAUUUACUCGAUUGACGAUGUUCCCAGAGAAAUUAUUUUUCAAAAUUUGUAA